GUAUCCCAUUUCUUUCGUUAAUUGGGACCUUUUUUGUGCCUAUAUAUACAUGAAUGGUCACUUAGUACUCCACACUGUCCAAGAAAAAAAAAAAGGUACCAUGAGUACUAAAAACUACCUAAAAUUAAUACUACUCCAAAUUUUAUUCUCCUUAUCUUGCCUAACAACCAGCCAACAACCAGCAGCACCAUCCACAACUCCAAUAACUCCCACACCUGUGCAAGACAUUGAUGGCCAUGAGCUACAAAUUGACUCAAAAUACACAAUUUUACCUACUCAAAAGGGAAGUAGUGGAGGAGGUGGUGUGCUAGCACUAGCACCUAAAAACAGGCCAUGUCCAUUUUAUGUCUUGCAAGAAAAUCUUGAAUCAUCAAAUGGCCUUCCAGCGAGAUUCAUGCCAGUUGACAAUAAACAAGAAGUCAUAAAUUUAUCAACUGAUCUAAACAUUGUGUUUUUUGCUGCCACAAUUUGUGUUCAAUCCACAGCGUGGAAGGUCGGUGGCACAGACGAGAUAACAGGCCGGAGGUAUGUCAUGAGUGGUGGCAUGACUGGCCGGCCGGGGCUUGAAACAUUAAGCAAUUGGUUUAAAAUAGAGAGGUAUGGAAAUGGGAGUUAUAAUAAUACUAAUAAUAAUCGGAAUUAUAAGAUUGUGUUUUGUCCAGGAGUUUGUAGUAAUUGUAAAGUAGUGUGUGGGAAUGUAGGUGUUUUUAAUGAGAAUGGGAAGAGGUGGCUUGGGUUGAAUGAUGAACCACUUGUUGUUAGGUUCAAGAAAGUGUUGAAUUAGCUACCAAGAAGUUGAACUUUAAUUAUGUCAUACUUUUUCACAACUCUUUUUAUUUUUAUGUGUUAUACUAGCAGCUUUAGUAGUAUGUCCUUUCUCCGCAUGUGAAUUCCUCCCUUGAGGAAGGAUCUAUUGUAGGCGUGUAGCAAAUCAAUUCAGAUAUAUGUAUUUGAACUUUAACUACAUAAAAUUCCAGAUAUUUAUUUGA